GUUUUCGAGAGUUUUCCUAUACAAUUUUGGCGCGUUAUUUAGGCGGGGAAAUUGAAGAAGACAGUUGUAGUUAUGGAAGUAGAACAGAAACAGAUGAAUGGACAUGGCGACAAUUUGGUCAAAACAGGAGAAAUAAAACAGAACGGGUGUAAUGGACACACAAAUGGUACAACUAGAAGACAUGAUGAAUACCACUACUUAGAUGCCAUACAAGAAGUAAUGGACCACGGUGUUAGGAAGAGUAACAGAACUGGUAUAGACACUUUAUCUAUUUUUGGAAUGCAGAUGAGGUACAGUUUACGAGAUCAAUUUCCCCUCCUGACAACGAAGCGAGUGUUUUGGAGAGGAGUUGCUGAAGAAUUACUGUGGUUUGUGGCAGGUUGUACCAGUGGAAAGAAACUGAGUGAUAAAAAUGUAAAGAUAUGGGAUGCUAAUGGUUCCCGAGAUUUCCUCGAUGGGUUAGGUCUUACUCACAGAGAAGAAGGUGAUUUAGGCCCAGUUUAUGGAUUUCAAUGGAGACAUUUUGGUGCUGAGUACAAAGAUAUGCAUGCAGACUAUACUGGACAAGGCGUUGACCAAUUGGCAGACGUCAUCAGCAAGAUCAAAACAAAUCCUGAUGACAGACGAAUUAUUAUGUCAGCAUGGAACCCUGUGGAUCUGAAGAAGAUGGCAUUACCACCUUGCCAUGCUUUUGUACAAUUCUAUGUUGCUAAUGGUGAACUAUCGUGUCAGUUGUACCAAAGAUCUGGUGAUAUGGGUUUAGGGGUGCCAUUCAAUAUUGCCAGUUACUCACUUCUAGUAUACAUGAUCGCUAUGGUAACAAAUCUGAAGCCAGGAGAUUUUGUACAUACUAUUGGAGAUGCCCACAUUUACAUUAAUCAUAUGGACCCUUUAAAGGAACAGCUGAAACGAGUGCCAAGAGAAUUUCCAAAACUUGUCAUCAAAAGGGAAGUUACAGACAUUGAUGAUUUUAAAUUUGAAGAUUUUGAAAUUGUUGGUUAUAAUCCUCAUCCAAAAAUUGCUAUGGAGAUGGCUGUGUGAUUUCUGGGGUUGUCAUGGAGACAGUGUUGUUAUUGUUUAUUAGUUGCCAUGGAAAUCAUGGAAAUGGCAGUGCAUUCAAUUGAUCAGUGGAAUUUAGAAUGAUUUUGAAGGUCCUUUGUUUGAUAACAUUGAAAAGUGCUCAAAUCUUUUAUGUAUAGCUCAAAACAUUAAAUUAAGUAUGACAUUAUAUUAAUGUUAGGAAGCGCCCUCUUGGAAUGUUUUUUGCUAUACAUGAUGGUUUAUAUGUAAAAAGAAAUGCUAUAAAAAAAAUUAUACUAGAAACCAAAUAGUGUGUUAUCUUAAGGUUAUGCAUAGUUUCUUGUUCUCUCAAAAUUAUGCUUUGUUUGUGUUAUUUCAAAAUUUUUCAUAGUUUAUGUGUUCUCCCAAAAUUAUGCAAAAGUUUGUGUGUUUCUCAAACAUAUGAUUAGUUUUGUGUUCUCUGGCUCUCAAGACUGCACAGUGCUGUAUUCUCUCUAGAUACUCAUGUAUUCUCUCAAGAUUAUGCAUUUAUGUGUUCUGUUAAGAUUAUGCAUAAUUAUGUACUCUCUAGGGAUUAUGCAUAGUUUUGUGUUCUCUCAAGAUUUAUAUGCAUAGUUUUUAGUUCUCUCACCAUUAUACAUAGUUUUGUGUUCUCUCAAUAUUAUGCAAUUUUUUGUGUUCUCUCAAGAUUUUGCAUAGAAUUGUGUCCUCUCAAGAUUUUGCAUAGUUGUGUGUUUUUUCAUGAAGAGAUCCACUAAAUUUGUUUAUUUUAUUUGCUCUCCUGUAGGAACAUUGAAAGAAAAGAUGCUUUGAAUACUACUAUAGAUAUUAAAUUUACAUUUUGUUUGUGAAUUAUUUAAAGCUCUCUAAUGCUCAAUAGUUUUUUUACCCAAUAUGUAAAAUUUUUUUGCUCUGUGUGAAAUUUUUCCAAUUUCUUUUAGAAUAUGAUGAUUUAAUAAAACAAGACAAUUUUAUGUAAGAAUUAAUCAGGAAUAUUUUUCUCUUUAUCUGUAAUUUUUUUAACCUAGUUCAAUUGUGUUCAAUUAUAUUGAUGUUCAUACCCAAAUGUGUUCCAAAAUACUUAUGCAAUGUGUUCCAAUAUUAUAAUAUAUUUUUUUUAUGUAUAUAUUCAAGUAAAUAUGUUUGCAAAUUUCAUUACCCUAUGUGUUCAAAUAUACUGUAGUGGCACAAAUUUCAUAACCCUGUGUUCAAAUAUACUGUAGUGGCACAAAUUUCAUAACCCUAUGUGUUCAAAUAUACUGUAGUGGCACAAAUUUCAUAACCCUAUGUGUUCAAAUAUACUGUAGUGGCACAAAUUUCAUAACCCUAUGUGUUCAAAUAUACUGUAGUGGCACAAAUUUCAUAAUCCUAUGUGUUCAAAUAUACUGUAGUGGCACAAAUUUCAUAACCCUAUGUGUUCAAAUAUACUGUAGUGGCACAAAUUUCAUAAUCCUAUGUGUUCAAAUAUACUGUAGUGGCACAAAUUUCAUAACCCUAUGUGUUCAAAUAUACUGUAGUGGCACAAAUUUCAUAACACCAUAUGUGUUCAAAUAUACUAAGAAAAUUGAUCUAUGCAAUUCAAAAUGAAUGAUAUAUAGCGGUAUCCUGGUCUGAUGGAAGCUACCGGUACUAAGCUCUUCCUCUAACUGUCCAUAUAUCUGUCCCAUGCAAUAUUUCACAUUUUUCUCAAAAACUACAAAAUUCAUGUGAACAUUUGGGCCAUGGCGGGUAAUUUCCACUCCAACCAAGAGUGCCUGUUUUCCUGUUGAAUGUCAUGGUUCUCUCACUGCACUCCUGCUUCGUCCACCAAACACCUGCCAGGUUAAAGCCAAAAGUAAUAAAAGUGGCAUGUAACACCAUCAAUCUCUCUUCAACUUCCUGUUUUCAUAAUAUUCAAAGAACUUGGUGCCUUUGCAUUUGUUUGAGCUACCAUACUUGUGCUCAAUAAUUAUAUAGACAAUAAUAGUGCCUUGACUUGACAUAUCAACGAUAUAAGGAUGAGGCUUAGAAACAGGGACAUGUGAAGCUCUGCCAAGCUUUUUCACAGUUUCAGACUUUUUUCACAGAGAUACCAUAUAUAGACAAUAAUAGUGCAUUGACUUGACUUAUCUUUAUUGUUGAUAUGUCAAGUCAAUGCACUAUUAUUGUCUUCAUAAUGCAAUCUAAAAAAGAUACGUUUUCAAUAGAUAAUUGUUGUUUAAUGUGUUAAUGUUGUUAUUUGAUUUAAAUAUCAGAAAACUUCACCCUUUUAUAAAAAGGCCUCAUAUCAUGCAGGCGGAGAAAUAUACAACACAAUGAAAUGUACAUAACCUGUUGAAAACCGCAAUCGAUGGUGUACAAUAUUGUUUGAAAAUGAACUAAACUAUCAACAUUAAGCAUAAAACAUAAUGAAUUACAGUUGCUAACCCUAGAUAUUAACAAGUGAAAUAUGUUUUUUUUCUAAAUCUUGCAAAAGAAACAAGUUUAGUCGUAAACAUUGGAAAUAGAAUAGGUCUUAUGAAUAAUUAAUUAUAAUUUUGUCAAUUUCUAUUUUAAAUAUUCAUAAGGAAAAGUGAUAUCAGGGUUUUACCUUUUUGAUAACCCUCACUUAUGAAAUAAUGUAAGCCAGCUUCUGCAUCAAAGUAACAGCGGUUUUGUUAUACAGACAGACACACAUUAUUUAGACAGUUGUUAUGAAAUAUGCUUAAAACUACUAUCUAAUUGAAUAAGUCUAACUACAGGCGUUGGUUCACGUUCGUUUGUAACUUGUUAUUUAUAUAUUGAUAAAAUUAUGUAUGUAUUUUACUUAUACAAGUACCCACUUGUGUUCAGCCUAAAUGGCAGCUAUUGUAUUCUAUGUAUUAUUCUUGUGCCAUAAAUAAAUAUGUACAGAACUUAAUUAUGCAGAUCUGAGGUUAUCAAUUCAUUUCAAACACAAAUUUCAUUUCAUCUUUAUUAACAAAUAUUUUCCGAGUAAAAAUGAUGUUUAUU